AUGUAUGAUAAACUUAAAGCAAUUUAUAAAAGAGAUGCGUCUCAAAGAACUCGGCAGUUGCUUCAAGAAUUUUAUGUUUUGAAGUACAAUAAAACUAGAGACAUAGGUAGUAAUAUAAGUGCACUACAGAAUAUAGUAUUUGAACUGAAUGGUCUCCAGUCUGAAAUGAUGACAGAUAUUAUGAUCAUAGCCAAGAUAUUGUCUAUUUUGCCAGAAGAAUACAAACACUUUUCUACAGUAUGGGAUACGUCACACAGUGGUGAGAAGACUAUGGAAAAUUUAAUUGCAAGGCUUAUAAGAGAAGAGGAACAACUGAAAAACAAUAAUCAAGAAGAGAGUAUUGCCUUUGAUGUUGGGUUUAACAAAAGUAAAAUAAAAGAUAUAAUUUGUAAAAAUUGUGGUGGUCGUGGACAUUUUGCAAGAGAAUGCAAGAAUCCUAAGCAGAAUGAAUGCUAUUCUAUAUGCAAGAGGAAUAAUCACAAAGAAAAGGAGUGUUACUUUAAAAAUAAAAAUAAAAUUCAAGAACCAAAAUUGAGAUCUUUCAAGCCCUGUACGCAUUGCAAAAAGACUAACCACAAAGAAGAUGAUUGUUAUUUUAAGAACAAAGACAGUGAAAGAAUGUCAUUUUGUACUUUUGAAAACAUGGAAGAAGAUCUAGUCAAGAAAAUAAGAAACAAGACAUUGAGGAAGAAAAGAAGCUGGAACAAAGGAAAGAUUUCACAAGAAGUAAAUGAGAAAGAAGAUAUGGUCGUGGUUGUUGAUAGUGCAUGUACAGGACAUUUGUGUAAUGAAGUGGAUAAGUUAACAAAUGUGAGACAUUAUGAUAGUAUUGUAAAAGUUGCCAAACAAGGUGGAUCAAUGAAAAUAGUUGCAACAGGAAACUUUGUAGGAGAUAACUGUGUUCUAAAAGAUGUUAUGUAUGUUCCUGAACUGCGCAGAAAUCUGAUGUCUGUAAAUGCAAUCACUGAAAAAGAUUGUACAGUUGUAUUUACUAAACAUUCUGUUCAAAUCUAUAGAGGUGAAAUACCUGUUUUGAAGUACAAAGAACAAGAGUGUUGCUAA